CGUCCAUGAUGAGGCCUCUUCUGGUGCUUCUGCUUCAAGCUGCUGUGUGUGCUGUUCUGGCCCGGGCCCUACACUGCCACGUGUGCUGCGGCCAUGAGAACUGCGAGUCUCUAGUGGAGUGUGCCCCGACGGACAAGUACUGUGUGAUCACACGGGCGACCAACCCUGGAGGCAUGCUGGUCAUGAAGUCUUGUGCUCCUACCUGCCCCAAUAGCACGGUGUCCUCGGAUGGCCGUGCCCUCUCCGUUUCGUGCUGCCAGAACACCCGGUGCAACAGUGCAGCUUCAGGCCUCACAUGGAACCUCGGGGCCCUCUGGGCCAGCGCCUCAGCCAGCCUGCUCUGGACGCUGCUGCAGGCGGCCUGGUGAGGCCGGGGCCUGCAUCUCCCAUCCCUGUCAGCAGGGCUCUUCCACAUCCUGAGUAGAUCCCUGCACCCCACCCAGUCCCAGAGGAGGAUCCCAGUUCUGGCUGUCAUUCCCCUGCCCUGUCUCUCCCAGGCUCCCCUAAGGAGAAAUAAAGGGCUGAAGCCCCUGGACUCCCACCCUACAAGUGUAGCUCACCCUGCCUCAGAGAACUCCCAACAAAGAACACCUCAAGAAGGGUGUGCCUCUCCAAGACCCCCUUCCCAGAGAGCCUCAGCCUUUUGCUGGGUCCUGGGGAGCCCUAGCCAUCCUGGCAUGAGAAGAAUCCCCAGUUACUCCCAGCAUCCUCAACCUUCAUUUUUAAGGCUUAGAACUGGGAGGCUAAGGCCUGGGUUCCUACUCGCUCCACUGUGCAUCCAGCCAUAGUGAAGUAGAAAAAGGACAAGAGACAGAGGGACUCUCAGGUUUUACUUCAUAACCUGUCACCUGCUAAAGGGGAAGCCAUCCCUUUCCCAUCCUCCUUGCUAAUGAUGAAGGUAUCAUGUGCCCUCUGCUUACUGGCUGUUAACCCACAUCUUAUGCCAAGAGGAGAGCCCCUAAAAUACAAGGAGGAAGUCUCAAGAAAUGCCACAGUCAUGACCCAGUGGAAACUGCCAAAUCUAGUUCAGCCCAGCAAGGCCUUUGAAAGCUAGUUCCUUUUUUUUUUCCUUUUGGUUAAUAGGCCAAUCUGAUCUCAUUCAGAACUGCACUCUCCUGUUGUCCCUUCAAGCUCUUCAACCUGAAGUC